AUGGAUUAUUUCGAUAAUAACGAAUCAUCAUCUGUUAGUUAUCUUAAUUCAAUUCAAGGAAUUCAAUUUGAUGGACAUUCAUAUGCACUUUAUGAUCCUAAUUUUAAAAUAAAUGAUUCAUUUACAAUAAAUUUUCAAAUAAAAACAUUUGCUAAUAAUGGUCUUAUUUUAUGGAUUGAAGAUCCUUUACCAGAAUCAAGUUUUACAAUUGAAAUACAAAAUCGACAGCUUAUAGCUCGAGCUGUUGUCAAUGGUCAACCAUAUAGUGUUCGUACAGAUUUUACAAAAAAUCGUUUAUGUGAUGGUGUAUGGCAUUGUAUUCAAAUACGUCUUGAAGGUAGUUUACUUUCAAUGAAAGUUGAUAAACGACAUUAUUCAAAAAGUGAAUUACGUGUUCAUACAAUUGAUCUACGUGGUCCAUUAUUUAUUGGUGGUUAUUCCGAAAAAUAUUCACCAACAUAUUUAUCAGUUCGUACAAAUUAUUUUUUAAAUGGAAAUAUACGAAAUUUAAAAAUAAAUGAAAAACAAAUUGAUUGGCUUGCACCACGUUCUACAACUGUUAAACGUGAAUUUUAUAAUUUAAGUACAAAAAUAAUGCCAUCAAAAAAUAAUCGAUCAUUUUCAAAUUCACCAACAUUAAAUAAACGUACAUUGUAA